CCAGACCUGCCCUUUACGUCACAGGCUGACGAAAAAAAUCACUGGGGGAAGGGUUUUUUCAGAGAUCGUCUUAGAGACCGGCAGAAAUGGCUCCAAGUUCGGCGGGAAAGGGGGUUCUUAGCCUCCGGGUGACAGCAGAAGCAAAUCAAGGGGGACGAAAGUACAUGGAGGACUUGAUCUGCAUCAAUUUUGAACGCGAGCAAGGCUACGAGAUGGCUUUCUUUGCGGUGUUCGACGGGCACGGAGGAAAAGAGGCCGCCCAAUUUGCCCGCGAAAAUUUGUACGAUUACAUCAAGAAACAAAAUGGAUUUUUCUCCAGAGACAACGACAAGGUCUGCCGGGCGAUCAGACAGGGGUUCCUGGAGACACACAAGGCCAUGUGGAAGAAGAUCGGCUCCUGGCCCAAGACAGUGACUGGUCUGCCCAGUACAGCCGGUACCACGGCAGCGGUGGUGCUGAUCAGGGGCUGUACCAUGUACGUGGCUCACGUGGGGGACUCUGGUAUCAUGAUGGGACGACACGACCUGUACUACGACAGAGUUAGGGCUGUACCGCUAACUCACGACCACAAACCAGAGCUUCCCAGCGAGCGUCAGCGAAUCGAGAGCCUCGGAGGCAAAGUCAUGAACAAGUCUGGCGUCAACAGAGUGGUGUGGCACCGCCCGAAGCUCUCGCACACCGGGCCCAUCCGCCGCAGCACGCAGAUCGACUGUAUCCCGUUCCUGGCCGUGGCUCGCUCCCUCGGGGACCUCUGGAGCUACGACUACGGCUCGGGAAAGUACAUGGUCUCGCCCGAGCCGGACAUCAGCGUACACACGGUGGAUCCGAGGUGUGACCGGUUCAUCGUGCUGGCAAGCGACGGCCUGUGGAACAUGAUGUCCAUGCAAGACGUCUGCAACUAUGUACAGGAGUGUGAGGCAAGGAAACAUGAAGAACUCGGUGGUCACGUGUCCCACAAACUGGUUCACAAGGCGCUGUCGAGAUGGCGAGCACGGAUGCUGCGCGCAGACAACACCACGGCCAUCACCAUCUUCAUCGACUCACCAAAAGGCCCUUCCAAACCAGAGAAGGUCCUGUAUGCCUCCCCAACACCAUGGAAGUGCUUGGCCAAGCAUCCUGAGCCGACCAAGAAGACACCUUCUCCACAGGAAAAGGAAAGGGAAAAGGAGAAGGAGAGGGAGAAAAAGCACCACCAAAAGAGCGAGACAGAAAGGCCUCGUAGCGUGACGCCCACGCUACAUCGGCAAAACGCUGUGUGCCAGCCGGGAACGAACAAGGAACUCAGCUCAAACUCUGGCCUUCCCCACGAUGACACAGCAAACCAACCACAAGGCUCCGACACAUCAGCAAACACCAAUCACAUUCCAGAUAACAAACCAAGUUCGGAAGCACGGACCAAUCAGGACAAUGAUAAGAUAGGUGAUAAGGAAUCCGACUCAACAGCAAAGGAAGAUAGUCCAUCCAAGGACAAUGUUGAAAAUGACAUCACAAAAGCAGCAUGCUCCAGACCAGGUGGCCCUCUCAGCAGGAAAAGGGCACACCCCGAAGGCGGCCUAGCUACUGGAGAAACUGGUUCUCCUGCCAAGAAAGCAAAAGGCGGUAUGGGUGGGGAGACGAAAAUGGGGCGUAGCUUGAGAUCACGAGACUUCUCCUUCCACGGUAGACCUGUGAAGGGUAGACAGGCGAAGAACAGCCCGGCGAAGAAUAGCCCUCUGAAAGGAAACAACAAAACUCCUCUGAAGUCUUCACAAAGAAAGCUCGCACCGAGGAAAACCUAGGGAAAUGGCAAAACAACAACUACUGCUAUGCAGGCUGUAGAAGAGUUGUGCUCGUUCACAACUUCUACCAACCUUAAAUCACCUUAACCUUUUGUAUCUGUCAGAAAUCCAAGAUUAUUUUAACUGGGACAUAUCAAAUUUUGGUCAACAGUGGGAGUCAAAUGAAAGAUUUUAAGAAUAAGAUAUCUGUAAAAUAGAAUUUUUGAAGUUUUGGAUAGCUUGAAGAUUUAGAUUCUUGUAGUGGUCGUAAUAUUUUCUAUUUUAUUGUGAGUGAAUACUGAAAUUGUUGAUUUCUGAAUCCUAGCUGUAGAAGAGAAUUUAACUUUUUACAUUACCACAACUUUUACCUACUACAUGUACUACUAGGGUAAUUUGAUAUGAAGUUAAAGAUGAACAACCUUACAAUCCCUCUCA